AUGUUCGAGCACAUCAGAAACAUCAAGGCCGAUAUCCAGGGCAGCCUUCGGGCGCGACGCCAGCCUGCCCGCGCACAAUCCGCUCUCCCAACCCUGCGCGACGACAACUACGACGAGAUGUUAGCAAAUGCAGAAGCGCAAGAAGCACAAGACAAGCUGGAUGCAACGAUGGGCGUGUUUGCCCGAUUCCGCCGCACCACGUCCUUGAAAGAGAUCACCAUCCCACCGAUCAGUCGCACCAAGCCGCUGACCUUCACAAACCUCUUUGGUGCUUUGAAGAAGGACCCUGGGAUCAGUUGCCUAGCUGUCGAUGAAAACACCAGCAGCGAGUGCCAAGGCCCAGUGAUCCGACCCUCUGGCGAGAUCAUCAAGCGCAAGCCCGUCACGCCUCCCCUGUCCGCGUUCAAGGUCUGCGACGUUCCCAAGUUCGACGUCCAGGCUCCACGGCGGAACCCGGAUUCGGUGCACCUGGCCCGGUCCGUCCUGAAGCACCGCUACACCACCAAGUUCGAGAUGGAAGGCUUCGAGCCGGCCAAGGGGCGCCUGCGCAGCGAUUACUACUUUAUGUGGGCUUCGGAUGAGGAGUUGGAGCGCAAGGUCAUGGAGGAUAUCAUCUGGGUGCGGGAGCGGUACGCGCAAGCUGGGCGGGAGGAGCCGGAUGACAAUGCCGUCAUUGCGUGGUACAUGGAAGAUAGUGAUUUUUGA